AUGGAUACUACUCAAUCUGGGAAACCCACUGAAUCCAAGGCCACGCCUGCCCCUGCCGGCGCCGCUGGUGCCAGGUUCGUCAAACUUGCCAAGAGUCUGCAGUUUGCCUGGUUUGUUGGCCACGCCAUCGUCCUGUUCAGCAGUGUCUUGUACAUGUUCACCUUCAAGGAGUGGUUGUACAGACUGGUCUACCUGGGCGUGGUGCACUCCUUCGGUAUCAUUAUCUACCAGCAGCACUUUUUGAAAACUGUUCCAAGGGACACUGCCUCUUUGCUCACUGACGAGAACAUCCUGUACUUCGCUCUGGCAACUGUGUGGCUGUUCACCCCUAGGUUCACCAUCUCGCUCAUCCCAUACAUCAUCUUCUCCCUCUUCCACUUCGCCAGAUACUUGCAGAACAACUUCCUCCCAGUCGUCUUUGGGCUUACAAGGGAGAACAGCGGUAUCAUCCAAAAUCUGACCAACUUUACCCAGAACUUUAACGAAAGAUGCAUGUACUGGGUUGCGGGGGUCGAAUUGACCACUGAGGUCAUUCUUCUCCUAAAGGCCUUGGUCUGGUGCAGAAGAUCUUGGAUCCUGUUCCCAUUGUACUCUCUGUUCAUCAAAAUCAGAUUCGAGAACUCGAAGUACUCGAGAGCAGCUUUCGCUCAAUGGAGGGUCAGACUGGACGGACUCAUUAGCCACCCAUCCGUGCCACCAGUGGCCAAGAAGGCUUACGAUUUCACAAAGACCAAGCUGAUCCAGCUUUCCAGCUACCAAUUGACAAAGCCAACUUUGUCUCCUCAAGCUGCAGAGGCUAAGCAAAACUGA